AACCAUUCUCCACACAUAGAUUUUAACAAUAGCAUGUGGUCUAGCGUUUGAUCCUACAUAAUAAAAUAAAGUGGAUUCAUACAAUCGUUUUUAAGUGUGUGUGAUUCAUCAACCGUGUCGAGGCUCGUUUCUACAUAAUCCGGAUAUGCAGUGACACUUACAGGAAGUCUGUGCUGUCUGUGCUCUGCUGUGUGUUGCACAGGAAAGUGUCACAGCAGAGCAUAUGGGCAGGGUGUGCAGGAAAUAAGUCACCAAAGACAACCUACAACCACUUCUAAAUUAGGAAGAGCUGAGCCUGUGCAAGGUUAUGGUCUCUUGCUUCCUCCUUUGUACCCACUCACACAUUACCGGAAAAUCGCAGUAUUGAACUAACUGAUAACGUCUUUUGGACUGACGAUGCAAGAUACUCUGGUGCGAGUGUUUGUCGUGGCUCUCAGUCUUCUCACAUAUCCGAGGGAUGAGCCUGGUGUUGAGGAAUGGGAUGAUAUCACCGCAGUGGGCAUGCAAAAGCAUGAAGAAAGGCUGCUGAGAGGAGGAGAUAAACCGAACCACCAAAUGACACCUGUUAGUGAGGAAGUGGCACAUGCUGACAAGAAAGCACCUCUUGGCGACGCACAAAACAUCCCUGAGGAACGAAAUCAGUCUGAUCAUGUAACUGAAGAAGAUGAAAUGUCAGUUUUAGAAGAUGUGACCGUCACCAAAGAAGAGGAAGACAGUGCAGAUCAGAAAUUACCAGAGGAGGGACAUGUUAAUGCAAAUUCGGAUCAAAGUCAGUCACACAACUCCAAAGGUGCACUUGAGACACCCACUCUGAAGACUUCACAAACUGAACAUGAGCAGGAGAGAGAGGACAUCCAGAUCGACGGCUCCGAUGGUGACCCAAGCAGAUCCCAAGAGGAACAAGAUAAACCUGAGCACAAGGAAGCGUUCAGCUCCAAAGAACAAGAAUCUCCUGUGUCACAUCUUCACACUAAGACAUCAGAAAAUGAAACUGCAGAGAAGACAAUGACUGACUCGGAGAGAGAUUACCUCUGGUACAUAUGGAACACAUUCUCCAUCAUCUCCAUGAUACGCUUGUUUCGGAAAUUCCUCGAGAAAAAAACCCCAGUUACAAAAGGAGAAGCCACGUCAUUCCCAGUGACCUGCACUGCUGCUGGAGUGCUGCUACCAGACAGCGUCACUCUGCAGCGAUUUCAUUCCAGAUGUGUUCAAGUCUCCGAUAAGAAGUGGAGGGAGGAUGAAUUUUUGGAGGGGUUUGCAAAGGAUCUGUUGGAUGCCAUGAGGACUGUCACUGACAGAAAUGGCGGCAUGGUGGUUGAAGACUUUGAGAUGACGGAUGUGUGUGACAUCAUCGUCCCCAUUAGCCCACCUGAUCCGUAUAGCUUUCAGUGCCUGCUCUGGAACAACCAGGCAAGUGACCUGCUGCCAGAUAUGCAAGUCUGUGGUCAAAUCAAACUGGUGGAGGAUAAGAGAGUCCAAAAUGGCUGCCCGUGUCAGUCUGCUGACGCAGAUGAUAUGGUUUGCCUGCUGCACUGCACGACUGAGAAAGUAGUGAAGAAAACUGCUGAUGUUCGUGACGGCCUGCCCUGCACGAAGAACUCCCAGUUCCUGUCAAAAUCACAGGUCAACAGGUGGUUUCAGAGCACCAUCAAACAAGCCUGGGCGCUCAUUUCACAUAAGUACGAAUUUGAGCUGAACAUUCGCUAUAUCGAUGCUCCAGGUGCUCUGGUAGUUCGUUUCAGAUCAGGGAAGAAGAUUAGCUUCAGUAUGAAUCCUGUGGUUAAAACCAGCACUGAUGCGUAUUUCUUUAUUACUCCUGGCUCCCCGAACAACUUGGAUACGUCCUGGGCGCUCUCCCUGACCAACUAUGAAGAUCGCUUCUUGGAGCACAUUGCGAAAAACCUGCCUAAUAACUCAUGCCACAUUCAAACUCUUGAGAUUGCGCAUUUCCUUCACAGGAGACAAACGGCACUGUCAGGGAGCAGUGCCAUCAAGCAUUUUCAUUUCAAAACUGCCCUCAUGCAUCUGCUUUUGACCAAAGACCACUCACAGUGGAAACCCAACCAUGUGGCUUGCAGGCUACGAGACUUGCUGGACUUCAUGGAGAAAAGCCUAAAGAAGCAGCUCCUGCACCAUGUUCUUAUUGGGAACCCUUUAGCUCAGAGGGUUAUUGAACUUCCUGCUGAAUUUACUCAAGCAAAGAGUGUGAAUCUCUUCCAUCCCCUUGUGGUUCACAACUGUAUCUACAAAAAUGCUGUGAUGCAUUUCCAGGAAAUGCUUCAAAAUGCACACAUGCUUAUAUGUGAUUAUGUUGAUCAGUGUUAAAGUGUUUUACUCCAGAGUGAUGAUUAAGUUGUAUGAUGUAAUGACAUUACACAAAAAGGAAACAAAGUUUGAGAAAUUACUGUAUUUAAAAUUCUGACAUGACAAUUCAGUAAUCAUGAUCCCAGUAGUUCAGAAAGCCUAUAUGCUCGGCCAUGUCGGGGUCCUCCAAACUGAAGGCGUCAGUGUCAAAGGAUUUCAUCUGCGGAUCGACCUCUG